AUGACUCUUUUCAUUUAUGUCCUACUUUUGUCUAUUUGGACAAGUACUUGUUUCAAUACAAGCCAAAGUAAUGUAUCUUCUACUGUAGGAGCUACACAACUUCAAUCAAUGGAAACAAAAAUGGACGGUUUUAGGAAACGUCUACUUGUUAUUAUUACUGGUGUUAUGAUCAUAGCCUUUAUCUUUACCUGUUUUUGUUUUCUCCAUCAUAACUGUAUGAGCGACGAUGUCCCCAAAGGAAACAUGAUCAAGAAAGAAGGGAUAGUAGCCAAAUCAUCCAAAUUAUCACCCAGUGAAUCAAAGACAGCGAGUCCAUGCAGUCCAGAAAAACAAUCCAUGCUAUCCUGUAGAGACAAGUUAUCUCAGCCAUCAAGUCCAGCAAAAUCAUCCAUACCAUCCAGUGCAGAAAAAUUACUCAGGCCAUCGAGUCCACAAAAGUCAUCCAUACCAUCCAGUACAGAAAUGUUACUCAGGGCAUCAAGUCCAGAAAAGUCAUCUAUACCAUCCAGUGCAGGGAAGUUACUCAGGUUAUCAAGUCCAGAAAAGUCAUCCAGACCAUCCAUUGGGAAGUCAUCUAGACCAUCCAUUGGGAAGUCAUCCAGGCCAACAAGUCUAGAAGAAGUAUUCAGGUCAUCCUACCUAGAAAAGUUACCUAGGACAUCCAGUAUAGAAAAGACAUAUAAGCUAACUCAUACCCGUAAGCAAGUCAGUCGAAUCUAUUUAUCCUAUUCAGAUAAGCCAGUCAGGCCACGUUGUCCACCCUGCCCACAAAAUCAAAUCUGGCCACCCGAGUCAUCCAGUCUACCCAAACUAGCCAAGCCACCCAGACAUCCUAAUCCAAAAAGGUCAGGUAGUAGAGAUAAGACAGACAUGUUAUCUAGGCCUCUACUCCCCAAGACUUGUCGAUGCUACAAGGAAAGAUGCCUUGUUUGCAAAACUUCUGAGCCUUUGCUCAAUGAAAUUUCUGAGGCAAAGAACAACAUUGCUCAAACCCUACCAUUUUCAAGUGAAGUGAAGUAUUUAUCCCAGUCCUUUCAUAAGGUAGAUUCCAUGGACAAUGCACUAUGUAAUGAUGUGAGUGACAUUGAUAUGAUGACACAUGACAGUGAUGAUGACAGUGAUAGGGAGAUAACCAUCAUUUGUAACAUAAAGCACAAUGAACUUCUCCCUAUGCCCACUCGAAAUAAGUAA